ACGCAGCCCCUCGGCUGUGCCCGCGCUGACCGCAGCCCCGCAGCGUCGCCGCCGCCGCCGCCUUCCCUGCCCGGCAGACAGCGCCAGCCGCCUGGGAGCCCCGGGGGACGCGCCGUCCGGCCUCCAGCCAACAGCAGUGAUGGAUCCAGGCGCCUGGCGUGGGGCCAGAGCCCGGGCGGACGCGAGGGCGCCGGGAGCUGCAACUCGCCACCGCUGGGUGGUGGGGGCUUUGGGAGACCCAAGAGGCAUCAGGCUUGCCCUCCAGGAGCCCUCAGGCUGUGGGCAGAAGCUCCAGGGGCUUGGCUGGGAUCCCAAGCUAAUGGAAACUCUGCGGUCCAGGGAGGCUUCAGGACGACUAAAAGAGGAACCAGGCCCAGAGCUGGAGGACCAGUCCUGUAAGCCUGGGAGAGAGCACGGCCUCUACCCUGAGGUACUGGGGAGCCAUGGGAAGGACAUGUCCUGGUCAGGCUUAUCUUCCAGGAGGUUACAGAGUACAGAGCAACUGGAGGAGGAGAGGGAAGAAGUGGGGAGGCCGGGGGAGGGUGGUGCAGAACUGGACAGUGAGUUCUGGACAUGGAACAGAGCAAACAAUUUCAUAAAGCAGAUGGGCGAGGUCAACUCUGAACACCCCCUCUCCCCCAUCCAUAGGUGGGCCCCUGGCUCAGAGCUCUCCCACCCAGCCCAGCCUGGGAACUCAUGUGAACCCUCCGCAGGGCCUGGGGUAUCUCUGCCCCAACCAAGUGGAACCAGGAAAAGCCCCAAGAGGGAGUCCAGUCCAAGGAGCAGCUCUUCUGGCCUGAGGGAAGGACUAGUAGCUUCCAGAGCCUUCCAAAGACCCCAGACCCAAGACUCCAAAACGCUGGCCCGGUUGCUGGGGCUCUCACCAUCUGGUGGGGACACCACCAUGAGUUUUUUGCUCCUGAAUCAUGGGAUUCUACAGUGCUAGGAAAGGCUGCUGAUGGACAGGGGACUUGGGUUUGAAUACAACUGUUCCUUCUGCUCUGUGAUCUCAGACACUCGGUGGGCCUCUCUGAUCCUCUCUGCCAGGAGGAAUUCUGACCUUGCCUGCCUUCUAGGUAACCAAUACAUCUAUAAUCCUCAGCAUAUCUGGGAAAAGAAUAACUUUUCGAAGAGGGAGGAUGGAACCAUAUCCAAACAACUGUUGGUAGUGGGACCAAGGCAGCAGGGAAACAGUCUGGAUGUGGACCUCAUUCUGGUGGCACAGACUCCCUCCCACUUCCAGGUAUUAUGGAAGCCAGAAGAGCUGUUGCAAGACACACCUCCAGGAGCACCACUUACCUGGUUUACAGUGUGAAUGAGCCCCAGGAUGUUACCUGAGCUCCAUGCCCUACCUCCUCUGAACUUGCCACCUACACGCACAAGUACAACACCCAUGCCUCAGAGAAGGCUCUGAUGGGAUCUCUUGGUUACCACCUAACCCAAAGCAUCCACACUGGACAGUCUUUGCAGCUCCGUCCUCCCCUCCAGCCUGUCCAUGUUUACCUUCAGCUCCCAGAACUGGUCCAGCCACCAGGCCAGCCAGAUUAUGUGAAGCAGAAUCCUUUGAAGGGGCUAUGGAUGUAGCAGACCCCAGAGCCACAGGGAAUCCCUUCCAGGGCCACUCUGACCCUGGCACUGCCACUGUCUCUGGCUCAGCUACAAAAGGAGGCACACCACAGGCAGCUAUCCUCUGCUGUAGGAGAUCAUUAACUCCCCAGCCUUGUUAAGCCAGCUUCCUUUUUCAGGCCCUUCUUAGCUCAUUUUAUGUUGUUUUUUUUUUUUUUGAGGGGGUUUCUUUUGGCCACAGUGUGAGGCAUGUGGGAUCUUAGCUCCCUGACCCGGGAUCGAACCUACGCCCCCUGCAGUGGAAGCAUGGAGUCUUAACCACUGGAUGGCCAAGGAAGCCGCCUCAUUUUAUGAUAUUUUGACUGGACCUUGUAUGGACUCAAGUUGUUUUCCAGUUCUUCCCUUGAUGGCCAACAUUUACAGCUGGAUUUUUAUCAAAGUAUGAAGUUGUACAAAUCCUAGAAUUUCAUAGCUAGAAAGGACCUUAAAGAUUGUCGUAGCCACCAUGCUUUGAGAGUUUAUAACUUUGUGUCAGACACUUUGUACAGAUGUUUUUGGCUGCCCAGUAUAUCCUUUCCUUUUCCUAUGACAUCACCCUGUCCACAGAGAUUCACAGUGUCCACACUUCAGGGAUGAGCACGUAACCCAAAUUUGGCCUAUUAAAGUCAAUCCCAAGAUUUUUGUGGGAAUAUCAGGAAAGAGUAGUCCUUACCUCUUGAAGGUGAGUCAGCAGGUGAAUGAAGCUAAAACAUAACAAAGAGACCGAGAGAAAGAGAGACAGACAGACAGAGACAGAAAGAGAGACAGAGACAGAUUUCUGGUUUCAGUGCUUGAACACCUGGAUCUAGCCAUGCCUGAACCAAGAAUUUUCAAUUAAAUGAACUGAUACAUUCCCUUUUUUUGUGGAGUUAGUUUUAAUUGGGUUUUUGUCACUUGAAGCCAAAACAGUCUUGACAAGUAUGAGUAGAUGUCUCUGUCCUCAAUUUUUUGAUUAGAAAUCUGAGGAACCAGCUAGCUCUGGGUUCUCAGGCAAGUCACUAAAGCUCUCUGACAUCAGGUUGCUCUGACAAAGAUUGAAAGGACUGAAUUUCUUCAACUUCAGGACUCCUUUGCUCUCCUGGGAUCUCUGGAGCUACCUGGCCACAUGCCUUUAAAAGAAUCAAUCACUUGUUGUGAGUCUCAAUUUUCUGAGCUACAAAAUAGGACAGUCAUUCCUUCCCUCCUUACCUUGGGAGAGUCCAGUGAGAAAGUGUUUGGAAAAUUGCUUGUACUGAAGCAAAUGUUAUGUAGUGUGCAUAUUAUACAGAGGAGGAAUCUCAGCUCAUACCAGACAACCAUUGUCCCCAAAUGGCUCAUAUCUCUUCCAAAACAGUUUUUUAACACUUUUAAAAAUAAAACUUAAGACAUUAAAACAUAUUUAUAAAGAAGGCUUACCCACAGCAUCUCAUUGGGCAGGAUCUAGCUCAGGACAGGCCCAGGUAAAGUAAGAGAUAUGGCACUGAGUGAAGCUUGCUUGGGAAUCACUCUUUGUCACUCUUUGCUGUGAGCUCUCUAGGAAGCUUUACCUUCAGGCUGUUUUUUGUUUUGUUUUGUUUUAAUAAAUUUAUUUAUUUUUUGAGGC